GCCCAGUGAAUGUAAGACGUAAUAAUUUUAGCUUUUUCUAUUAUCUGCAUUUAACAGUAUGUAUUCGUGCUUCAUCCUAAGCUUUGUGUAGUGAUUCGAUUUAAAUAUUACGUAACGAAAAUUAAUUAAAAGUGAACUAAUCUAAACAAAAAAGCUGGUGAAUUUUUACCUCACAAGGGCAUAAUAAACAAAGAGCAUAUGAUUGGCUUAAAGUAGUGUGCGUGACAGUUUGACGUUCCGCACCGAAACAGGGUGACUCACGGAAGCUACAAACGAUUGCACUGGUCGUGUUCGAUUGUGAAUGAGUAAUCUACUUGCGGCACAAUUCGAAUUAUACCACAACAAAAUUACGCGUGAAAAAACGUUCUUGGUUGAUAAAAAAACAUUUCGGACCUUGUCGUGGGUCGCUAAUUUAUCGAAAGUAGUGGCUCUAUAGCCUGAACAGUGAAUCAGCAAUGCUAGUUGAUGUUCGGCUCACGGGCGUUAAACAGUUGUGUAAACAGUGUUCCGCAUACAACACUGGUUUGGAAUUGUUUGCUCCACUGCAAAACGUGUUCGGAUGGAUAACGUUUUUUGGAAGCUUGUUAUUUUGGAUGAAGCAGAACGCAGCCUCCUAGCGUAUUUGCAAACCGAAAUGCGCUACGAAGGAAGAUAAGAACGAACAAACUUUAAACAACCGUGUCAAGCUGAACAGACGGUACACGCCGGUGUGCGAAAGUGGACGUUUCAGAUUGUCCUGCAUCACAGCAUGGCAUCAGACACUCUCAAAAUGGAAUCUUCAACUCUUGUAACGCUUGCAUUGAACGUAUCCCAGCCGGCGGAAAAAAUAAGCCAGAAUGAGGCAAAACUGUUAGCGAUCGUGGUGCUCGGAUUUGGCAGCUUUUUGUGCGGUGUGUUGCCGAUCUACAUUUCGCAGCGAAACCGCGAACGUUACCCGGGCACACUGUCGUUUCUGUUGUGCUUUGGGGCGGGAGUUUUGCUUGCCACGGCCAUCGUUCACAUGCUGCCGGAAAUACGUGAAUCUCUGGGCGAGUUUGCCGAGAUUGUGUUCUGUGGCGGGUUUUUCCUCAUGUACGCCAUUGACGAGCUGAUGCUGUUCUGUGGCAUCGGUGCCCACGAUCACGGUGAGCAGGGAGCACUCCAACAGGUACGGUCAUAUAGUGUUUGCGAAGAUUCGGAUGCGGCAAGCACUUCCAGCCAUAGGGAAAGACGGUACGGUGCGAACGAAGAGACAAAAUCCCUCCUCGGGCAGCAAGCAAAUGAUCCCGAAAACAUCAUUACUCACCGAUCGAUGGAAAGUGUGGCAAGCUUUGCCGGAAAUCUAUCCCGUCGGUCAUCCGUAAGCGUUCAACCACAACAACAACGGUCGCCCACGAAUGCUGCCGAAAUGCAGCUUACUGGUGUGUUCGGAUUAUUGCUAGCCCUCUGCAUGCACUCCUUGCUCGAAGGUUUGGCAAUCGGGGUACAAAACUCGGGCCCCAAAGUACUGCUCCUGCUUGGCGCGGUCAGUGCACACAAGUUUGUGGUAGGGUUCGCGCUUGGUGUGGAACUUUGCACAUACAAUGCGCGACAGCGUUGCUCCCACGUACUGCAGGUGUUAACGUUUUCUCUCGGUUCGGUUGCCGGUAUCGGUAUUGGGAUGGGAUUGGAUGGGCUGAACGAAACGCUUACCAAUCUGAUCAUGCCCAUUCUGCAGGGUUUGGCUGGUGGUACGCUUCUGUACGUGACCGUAAGUGAAGUUCUACCUCGUGAACGGGCAAAACGUUUUGUGCACACGCGAGGUAUCGGACCGAUACAGUUCAUUGCCGUCGCGCUAGGAUUUUCGCUCAUGUCCGUGCUAAGCUUAGUGUUAACUGACGAGUAAAAACAGAAACCGAAAAGUGAGAGUGUCCGAUGUAAUUGACAUUACAUCGUAGUUCCUAGGUGCACCAAAUGGUCAAAAAUGGUUUUAAAAAAAAUGAGAAGAAAUCGCUCAGAAUCCGUAUGAUCACCAACUGUGCCAACAAUAGUUUUAAUUUUUUUACAGAAGGGUGUACGAAAAGGAUACAAUUUUUUUUUACAGUCUAGUGUAGCUCGAAAGUAGUGUCUAAAUGUGUAACAGUUUUAACAAACUUGGAACGAAAAAUAAAGAAGGUGCCAUUUUGCACUUUACUGCGCAUAACAAAAUGGAACGGAAAAUUAA